GAACUCCCCGCUUCUCCAGUCAGAUACCGCCUACCUAUGAAAACACCGGAGAAAUUCAACACAGGACUUCAUGUAAUCACAUUGCAGCGGUCACUACAACGAUUACGAGACAAUAUUUACAUAUAUCGACGACAAGGGCUGGACUGUAAGGGGAAAACCAAUGAGCUGAAGCAAGCCAAAGGAUUUCUCACAGCGUUUCACCUGCUAGCUGUUGACCCAAACCCUCUCCCUCUUCAACACUUCAACAGGCAGCCGGGGUCCCUCUGGGUGCCCCUGUUCCAUGCUUAAGAAACGCAAUGUGCCAAAGCUGGAGAGGACUUACCACUGCCCCAUAGAAAGCCAAAACUCCUGUAGAGCUUCCCCCUCCAGCCUGAGGACCUCCUAAUCCUCCACACUGCCUCCACAAAGACCAUGAUGAAGAAGGUAGGGGUGUGGUCAGAGGAGGAUGUCUCUAGCUGGUUGAUCGAAGAGGGCAUGUCAGAAUAUGCGGACGCUCUCCGUGGGACAGAUGGCCCUGCCUUGCUGAGGCUCACGAAGGAAGAUUUUAAGAGGGCUCCCCUCUCGCUGGUCUCGUCUGAUGGCGGGCAGCAGUUGUUGGAACGUGUGGAGACAUUGCAAAUAGAGAACCACAUGGAGGCUCAUAAAAACGGUCAUACAAACGGGCACGCCGGUGGGCUGCCCAACGGGACUACCAAACCCCAGAGGAAUGGCACCCUAAAGGACUACAGGAUGGAGAUGGUCCACAUCCCCAUCCCUACAAAGGAGGCUGUGCGCACUCCAUUCCCUGCAGAGUGGGGGAAAACGGGCAUAGCCUUUGUCUACGCAGUGGUGUGUUUCGUCACCACCACUGUUGUAAUUUCUGUGGUCCACGAGAGAGUACCGCCAAAGGAGCACACCCCACCACUACCCGAUAAGUUCUUUGACCUGUUUGAUAGAGUGGAGUGGGCCUUCUCUAUCUGUGAAAUUAACGGUUUGCUGCUGGUGGCACUGUGGUUACUACAGUGGCUUCUACUAAAGUACAGGUCAAUUAUAGGCAGAAGGUUCUUCUUCAUUGUCGGCACACUUUAUCUGUAUCGGUGUAUUACAAUGUAUAUCACCACUCUGCCUGUUCCUGGGAUGCACUUCAAAUGUUCCCCAAAGCUCCUUGGGAACUGGGAGGCACAGAUGAGAAGAAUAAUGAAGAUGAUUGCUGGUGGUGGCCUCUCCAUUACCGGCUCCCACACAAUGUGUGGAGAUUAUCUAUAUAGUGGCCAUACAGUUAUGUUGACACUAACAUACCUCUUCAUCAAGGAAUAUUCCCCCAAGCGCUUCUGGUGGUACCACUGGCUUUGCUGGAUCCUGAGCGCUAUUGGAAUUUUCUGCAUCCUUCUGGCCCACGACCACUACACUGUGGAUGUGGUGGUGGCGUACUUUAUCACUACACGCCUCUUCUGGUGGUACCACACUAUGGCCAACCAGCAGUCACUAAAGGAGACGUCUCAGAGUAAUCCUUUUUCCCGGGUAUGGUGGUACCGAUUGUUCCAGUACUUUGAGGAAAACGUCAAUGGCACAGUCCCUCGUAACUAUCAGCUGCCGUCGUGGCGAGCGUUUCAGUGGAGCCGCGGUGUCAAGUACAGCAGACUGGACAUCCAGUGACCCCUGCUUCUGUCCAAGCAGGCGAGGACUGGGACUUCAAAAAGUGCCGUUUGUUUUUCUCAACUCCACAAAAGACGGCUCUGUUCAUGUAGCGCUGUCCUCUCACCUCUAUUAAAAGACACCUCCCUGUCCAAAUGGUAUCACUGUGACCCACCUAGUAUUUUUUUUUUUUUUUCUGUUUAUGUACAUAUUCGUAUUUUUAAGUUCUCUCGCGUCCUCUAUCUGUUAUUGUUUGUCAACACAGAGCACUAAUUUAUAUCGGUUUAGUGUCUUGUCCGCUCUCGGGGCCACGGUGCAGUUUCUGCUUCCGUAGCAGAUCUAUGAAGCAUUUCAAUAAAUAUAUCAAUAAUCAAACUUCUCGCUUUGGCCACAAGGACACAAUACUUUUUUCUCGCAGCACAAAAACUUAUAAUUAAUGUCUUCGUGUUCUUACAAGAUUUUUUUAGUGCAAAUAGUGUCAAUCGAACUCUUAUUUGAUAACCAAAAUGCCAUAAGCAUUUUUUUUCCUUUUUAUAGCAGAUUACUUUUUGUAAACUGUACUUGCUAAAAUGAGUCAAAGGUGCAAAAAAUUAUUUUCUAAGUAUGUCAAACUUUAUUUUUCAAAAACAAAUGAUGUCCAACAAAAAGAUUUUUAGAUUUUUACCUUUUUCAAGAUGGAUAAUGGAGAGCAUACAAAUCUAACGUGGUAUAGCAUUAUUCUAGUGCCUUUCUUAGCUUGAUUGUAAAACAGUUCAAGUCCUACGUGUCUUGUGUCCCUCGGCUGCUGGUGUGUGCACACGGCCGUACGAGGCAGUACCUUACGAUAGUUGACAGUCUCGUUCCCAUGAAUGUAAAAGCAACUACGCCAGCCUUACCAGAAGAUUGGUCUUCCCAAAAAUUUCAGUGCAGUGGGUGAAACGUCCCAUUUUCUAUAUGGAUGCUUUACGAUGUCAGUUUGCUCUUGAUCAGUUAAUGCUGUGCUAACAACAGAAAAAUGACUGUUAACUGUAUUUUUUUUAAAAGUCUGUAUCAUUUCAUUGUUUAUUACUUAACCACCAGCCAUAUUUAAGGUAUGUCUUUCCUGACCACUGAUGUUUUGUCCAUCGUGAUGUUAUCUGCUAAUUAUAACUGUUUAAAUGGAAAAUUUAGAUAAGUGAUGCGGAGUUAACUUAUACUGGAAACUUGUGCAUCACUGCUGCAUGUCUUGCUCCAGAGAUAGAAACUAUCUCUUGUUCCUCACUUUAAAACCCACAAUGUUUUCAUCACUGACUCGUACCUGUGUAGAGACAGGACUGAAGAAUCACGUCCGCUGUCGGUUAAGUUGCCAUUUGUUUAAUGGGUCGAUUAUGUUGUAUUUAGGAAUGUCAAAGAGUGAAAAACAGAAGCUUUAGGCAGAGUUUCUGAGCAUGUCUGUAAUGGUUCUGUUUGUGCUUUUGUUGUAUUUAUCAUGUUCGUACUAUACCAAGCUGCUACCUUUAUAGUUUGAAGACAGUGUAUGUUCUACUUUGCCUCCAAAGUGCAAUGCAAAAACUUGGUUUAACAGUAACAAACACAAUAGAUAUGUGAGGGGGAACAAACGAAAGCAUAAUGCACAGAGCUGGUGAUAUAUUUGGCCAUAUGUAUGCAAAUAGCAUAACUUUGAUUUCCAUGAAUGUGAAAAUGCGUCCUUGUUUAUGAUCCUAAUCAUACAUGUUGACUUGUUUUUGCUCUUUUUCUUUGUUUAUAUAUGACUGAACUGUAAAGAAUAAAUAUUAUACAAGUUCAUCUGUAGGGAAGGACUUCAAUAUUUUUCAAAUGUUCAACAGAUUAGCUUUGAUAAAUAAAAACUGCACUAAGCUUUAGAUUAAUGAAAUCCCAAGUUUCUAAUAAAGUUGAGUCAUUUCUUUAAAUGGUGUGAAAUGAGGUGGGAAAAAAAUAACCUUUUUAAUCUAAGUUUAUGAAGCUAACAUGUUUUAGGGUCUUAUUGUAUGACUCAGAGGUGAACCCACCUUCCUGUAGCAUUGUCCAAGUAUUUCACCUUUAUAGUCAGCGGCAUUCUUUACCCUUUAGACAGCAGGUUCCUCAAAUACGGCCAUAUUUUAUUUUAUUUUUGUUUUAAUUUGAGAUGUGUUGAAGUUAUGCAACUUCUUUUCACAUUUGAGGACUUCGAAACAGAUGAAGGGUGGAGUUUGACGCUCAAGUUGGAAUAUUGUUUUGUCCUCUUAAGAAAUGAAAGGUGGCUCUUUCUGUAUGUUUCUCCGUUGACUGUUUAUCCAAUUUGUCCCUUUUGUGUGUACGCAGAUGUUUGUAAGAUAUGAAAAAGGAUUCUACUUGGGACGCUUUUGAAUAAAAAGAUUUUACUAUAAAGUCAA